UGCCUUGCUUUCCAUGACAUUUCCCCUCAGGCGCCCACACACUUUCUGGUGAUCCCUAAGAAACAUAUCGCCCAGAUCUCUGUAGCGGAAGAUGAUGAUGAAAGUCUUCUUGGACAUUUAAUGAUUGUCGGCAAGAAAUGUGCCGCGGACCUAGGCCUGAGUAAAGGUUAUCGAAUGGUGGUAAACGAAGGCGCCGACGGGGGGCAGUCUGUCUAUCACGUUCACCUCCAUGUUCUUGGCGGGCGGCAGAUGCAUUGGCCUCCCGGUUAGGCACGCUUUGGGGAUAACUUGCCCUUCUUUAGGCAGUGAUUAAGUUUGCAGGUUCCAGCAUGUUAAACAGUACAUUUACUUUUGCCUGUGUAUGGCGAGAUUGAAGAAAUUAUUAUAAAAACCUGUAUGUAAUAAAAGACAUCAUUGCAUGGUUUA